UAAAGUCCCGGAAAGUCUUCCUGGUUGGAUCAGUGUGAGUUCACCAGAGUCUGUGAGCAGCAUGUCGGAGUGGAAGCAGAGAUGUGAGGCUGAGUGGGGUCUGCAGGGCGCCCCGAUGCCCGACGGCGUGGACUGGAAGGCCGUGUACGAAGCCGCACCGCUGGGAAAGAACCUGCUGAAGAACCCCGCACCUCACGGUACCACAGCACCUCACGGGCUGAGUAAAGAUGUUCCUCCACCUGAACCCGACCUGCCCGAAGUGCCACCAGAUGGACCUCCACGCUUUCAGCCUGAUGGUGACUUUACCGGUUGGACCACGAGCACAGAGGUGCUGCCCUAUGAUAGCAGUGGCAUCCCAGAGGGUGCCGUGAUCUGCAAUUUGCCUACAUUCAGCUGGUUCACCAUGGAGCAGGUCGUGGACCUGAAGGCAGAGGGCCUGUGGGACGAGCUGCUGGAUGCCUUUCAGCCUGAGAUAGUCGUCCAAGACUGGUAUGAGGAGAGUCAGCUGCAUAAAUCCAUCUACCAGCUGCAGGUGAAGCUUCUGGGUGCAGACAGAAGCACAGUGAUCUCAGAGCACUCUGUCAGCCCCACCGAGGAGCUCCAGAAUUACUCACACAACUGGAAGGCGGUGGCGCAUGUGUUCUCCGGCUACGGACCUGGGGUCAGAUACGUCCGCUUCGUGCACCGUCUGAAGAACAGCUUCAUGAAUGGGUUCUUCCCCACGCUGUUCACCGGCAGCUCAGUGAUUGUAAAACCAGUCAAGACCAGUGCAUAGGCCAAAUCCUGCCAUGGCUGCUAACACACCCAGUCUAACCAGUUUGGUCAACAUACGAAGAGUUCAUUUGCAAAAACAGAUUUUUGUAGAUUUUCAGAAAGCUUGUUUUUUUGUUGUUUGCUUGAGAUGAUAUCAGUCAAACUGAAGCUGAGUGGAUCCAACAACAGAGAGCUGAAGUGUGACUGGUGUUGUCUCAGGUGGACGAUGGAGACGUGGGUUUAUGAAGGUUUGUGAAGAUGGAGGUAUCUGGUUUUGUAAAUGAACUCCUCAUAUGUUGGUCGUUAUGCUGGUAACUAAACAGAACAUGUUCAGCCUUUCUAUUGACUUAUUUGAUGGGAUUGUUUUUUGCAACAGCUUUUGAGAUUUUAUUUUUUCACGUCAGGCCCUUAUCUUCUGGGCGGGUUCUAAACCUUCACACCUGUGUGGCGCAAUAAUACAAAAUAAAGUUCACUUGUUUUAGA